ACGUUCUCUCAGAAAAUCAUUACACCUCACGACUAAGCGUAUGAACCAAUAUCAAACAGAACCCUAAACCAACAAUGGCGGAGAGAUAGAGAGAGUGAUGGGAUCUGAGCAAUUCCCUUGACUAGUCUCUCUCACACCCACGAAAGCCAAAAGCAACACAUCACUUCAUCCUAACUAAUGAUGUUCAUUAAGAAGAAAAAAUCAAAGACGAAGAAGAAGAAGAACAAGAAGCAAGAAGAACAGCACCAACAACAACGAUAGCAAAUUGCAUAAUCACUUUUUGGGUGUUACAAAUACAAAGUGGCCUAGCGUUGACUUCCUAAUCGUCUUUCACUGCUUCGGAUUAUGACUCUCUUUCUCUCCCUCUCUCUCUCUUAUUCACGUUCAUUCAUACUGAUAUCGAUGGUAUUUCCAUCUUUUUUGCUGUCACAGAAUACCUAUCUUUUACUGUCAACCUCUCGUUUUGUUCUGUCAAAGUAGGUAAACAAAAGGGGGUCUCUAUAUCUCUCUUCCUUAUCGCUAUUGAACCUUUUAUUCAAUGCUGUAUGGCCUUCGAUACCUAUUAUUUGUAUCUACGACUCUAUAUUUCAAGUGGGCAUGUAAAGAACCUUUAGUUAAUGCCACCGUUUAGGCCAGAGUGUCACUCUUAGUGAUCUUGUUGACUGGUUAUUGCUCUAUGGUUGUGGGUUGUGGGUUUUUCAAUUAUAACUCGUUUAGACUUGUCCUCUGCCUUGUUAAGUGCUCGCAAUUCUCCUACCUUUUUCCUUGUCAAUGGUUCUUCUUUCUUAUUUUCUAGUUUCUUUAGCAUUAUUAUUAUUAUUCCAUCUUUCUUUCUCCAUAAUUUUUCUUGUUUUUACAUUUCAUGAAUUGGGUUUUGAAGACAUGGGGUACCUUCCUCUUUACAAUUGCUCUUUUAUUCACAGAUCAUUAUCAUAAGCUUUAAACUGCUCGAAAAAUAAGGUGUUGAAAAACUUUCACGUCGUUAUUCCCAGCCUGCUGCAAAAUUGUGUGCCUUGAUUUGUCUACUUCGAAAAUGGCCAUGCAAGGGAGUCGUCAAAAACCAAUCUUCGUUCAGUCUCUAGUCAUCUUUUCCUCCAUUAUUAGCCUCGUAGCUUCCUUAAAUGAAGAGGGUCAUUUCCUUUUGAAGUUUAAAAAAUCCCUUUCAGACCCAAAUCACAAUCUUGAGAGUUGGAACUCCUCUGCUUCAACUCCCUGCAAUUGGAAGGGAGUACGGUGCAAUGAUUCCAAGGUAAUUUCUUUGUAUCUCAGUGGUCUUAAUCUGUCUGGAACUUUAUCUCCAAGUAUCUGUAACCUUCCCCAUUUGACUGAACUGAAUGUGUCCAUAAACUUCAUCUCUGGUUCCAUUCCUAAGAAUCUUGCCAACUGCCGUAAUCUUCAAAUACUUGACUUUUGCACUAAUAGAUUUCAUGAUGAACUAUUGACCCCAAUCUGUGAACUUACCCAUCUUAAAAAGCUUUACCUCUGUGAAAAUUAUAUGUAUGGGAAAAUGCCUGAGGAGAUUGGUAACUUAACUUUGCUUGAAGAGCUUGUCAUCUAUAGUAAUAAUCUUACUGGUAGCAUUCCAGCUUCCAUUGGUAAGUUGAAGAAGCUUAAGAUUAUCAGGGCAGGUAAAAACUUCUUCUCAGGACUAUUGCCCGCAGAAAUCAGUGAGUGUGAAAGAUUAGAGGUUUUGGGAUUGUCCCAGAACAUACUGGAAGGAGCUCUUCCUGGUGACUUACACAAACUCCAGAAUCUUACUGAUUUGAUCCUUUGGCAAAAUCGUUUCUCUGGUUACAUUCCUCCCGAGAUUGGCAACUUAAUGAGCCUGGAAUUGCUUGCCUUGCAUGAAAAUUCUUUCAGUGGAACGGUUCCUGAAGAACUUGGAAGAUUGUCCAAGUUGAAAAGGCUCUACAUUUAUACCAACCAAUUGAAUGGGACGAUUCCACAAUCGUUAGGGAACUGUACCAACGCUGUUGAGAUUGAUCUUUCUGAAAAUCAGUUGAGAGGAUUCAUUCCCAGGCAGUUGGGUUACCUUCCCAAGCUCCGCCUUCUUCACCUUUUCGAAAACCUUCUACAGGGAAGUAUUCCUCGGGAAUUUGGGAAGCUGAAGCAGCUGGAGAACAUAGAUUUGUCCAUAAACAACUUAACAGGUAGAAUCCCUCUGGAGUUUCAGAACCUCACACUUCUGGUGGAUUUGCAGCUCUUUGACAAUCAUCUUGAAGGUACAAUUCCUCCUCACUUAGGACUUAACAGUAACCUGACCAUUCUUGACAUAUCUGCUAAUAAUUUAGUUGGAAACAUACCUGCACAUCUUUGCAAAUAUCAAGCAUUGAUGUUCCUUAGCCUCGGGUCAAACAGAUUGUCUGGAAAUAUACCCUAUGGCCUUAAAACAUGCAAGUCUCUUAUGCAGCUAAUGCUAGGAGAUAACCAGCUUACAGGAAGCCUCCCUGUUGAGCUAUAUAAACUUCAUAAUCUUUCAGCACUAGAGCUCUUUCGAAACCAAUUCUCAGGGCCAAUACUUCCAGAGGUUGGAAGGCUAAUGAAGUUGGAAAGGCUGCUCUUGGCAAACAACCAUUUUGUUGGGAACAUUCCUCCAGAGUUUGGAAAUCUAGUUCAUCUUGUGGCGUUCAAUGUUUCCUCUAAUCGGCUCUCGGGACACAUUCCUCAUGAGGUGGGAAAUUGUAUAAAACUACAGAGGCUUGACCUUAGCAGUAACAUGUUCACUAGCUCCCUCCCUGAAGAACUUGGUGAGCUAGUGAAUUUGGAACUUUUGAAACUUUCUGGUAACAAAUUUACUGGAGAAAUACCAAGUACCUUGGGACAAUUAAGCCGACUCACAGAGUUGCAAAUGGGGGGUAAUCAAUUUUCAGGCAACAUCCCUAUGGAGCUUGGCCAACUUUCUUCAUUGCAGAUUGCACUCAAUAUUAGCCACAACAAUCUUUCAGGUAAGAUUCCUGAAAGGUUGGGGAACUUGCAGAUGUUGGAAUCUCUCUUCUUGAAUGAUAACAAGCUUGAUGGUGAAAUCCCUGCCUCAAUCGGUGAUCUGCUAAGCCUCAUGGUAUGCAACCUUUCUAACAAUAACUUGGUAGGUACGGUGCCAAGCACCCCUGCAUUUCAAAGAAUGGAUUCAACAAACUUUGCUGGGAACAAGGGACUGUCCAGAUUGCAUUCAAAUGAUCGUGAUACAUCCACAAGUCAAUCUCUUAAUCAGAAACAAAGUGGAACAAAGAAGGGUUCGACGAAAGAGAAGUUAGUGAUCAUCAUCACUGUUGUUGCUGGUUUAACUUUCAUUUUUCUUAUUAUGGGAUUGUUUUGGGCAAUAAAGGGUCGUCAUUCUACUUUUCUUUCGAUUGAGGAUCAACCAAAGCCUGAUGUGUUCGACGAUUAUUACUUCCCAAAAGAAGGGUUUUCUUACCAGGAUCUUGUUGAAGCUACCAGCAACUUUUCCGAGAGUACAAUCUUAGGAAGGGGAGCCUGCGGCACUGUGUACAAGGCUGUCAUGACCAAUGAAGUGAUUGCCGUCAAAAAAUUGAAGUCCCGUGGAGAAGGAGCAAGUGUAGACAGCAGCUUCCGAGCUGAGAUAUCGACUUUGGGUAAGAUCAGGCAUCGAAAUAUUGUCAAGCUCCAUGGCUUUUGCUAUCACCAGGACAACAAUCUUCUCUUGUACGAGUACAUGGCGAAUGGAAGCUUAGGAGAACAACUCCAUGGCAAUGACCAAACUUGUUUACUUGACUGGAAUGCAAGAUAUAAAAUUGCUCUUGGAGCUGCAGAAGGGUUAUGCUAUCUGCAUUAUGAUUGUAAGCCACAAAUCAUACACCGAGAUAUAAAAUCGAACAACAUUUUGCUGGAUGAGUUUCUCCAGGCACAUGUUGGAGAUUUCGGAUUAGCAAAGUUGAUUGAUUAUCCCUACUCAAAAUCUAUGUCUAUGUCUGCUGUUGCCGGCUCAUAUGGCUAUAUUGCUCCAGAGUAUGCAUACACCAUGAAGGUGACAGAGAAAUGUGACAUCUACAGCUUUGGGGUUGUUUUGCUGGAGCUAGUUACCGGAAGGUCACCAGUUCAGCCACUGGAACAAGGUGGGGACCUAGUCAACUGGGUGAGAAGGGCAAUAAAAAAUGCAGUGCCAACACAUGAUUUAUUUGACAAGAGGCUAGGCUUGGAUCUGAGUGAACAGACAACAAUUGAUGAGAUGACUCUGUUUCUCAAGAUUGCACUCUUCUGCACCAGCCCAUCCCCAGUGAAUAGGCCAACAAUGAAGGAAGUCAUUGCCAUGAUGUUCGAGGCCAGAAAAACUGUCAGCAAGGCUUCAUUUUCUCCCUCAUCAGAAACUCCCUUAGCAGAAGAUGCUUCUUCUAGAGGAUAUCUGGAGUUGUAAGGUAAUUACUUACUUCAAAAGCGGUGGAUUAAUGGAGUUGGGCACAUGUUGAUCUUCAAUAUCUUCUACUUGCAUGGCACGUGAUCAGUGAUUUUACCUCUCAUUUUGACUAUGGAGUAAAUAAAAAGGACGUUCUCUUUGGUCUUUUUUAUGUACUGACCAUCUGCAUAUAUGCUUUAUCUAUACAUGAUUUGGAAAAGCUUGAUAUCCAAGCAUAAUUACUAUGAUCACUUCUUAACUCCCUCGAUUGUAGGCAACAUAAGCAAAUUAGAUUUGAUU